UGUCUCAACGAAAAAUCGUUUUCCUUUGAAGAUAUUCAAUAUCUUAAAAAAAAUGAGUCGUAAAUCUUUAACUUAAGAUCCAUAAGUUCAUCCGAAAGUGUGAAAUCCGUGAAUUCGAUCCAGUUCAAAAUCCAAGCAAUUUCGUUUCCCGCGGUCAUCAUUUCUGAGAAAAGUUAUUCGGUAAGGUUCACGCGUGGUGUUUUAGUUCAAGACAAAGGGUUAAGUAUUUCGAAGUUAUUCUCUGUUUGCGUCCGUCAUAAGACACCGGGUUCAAUUAUAUUUAUGCCUAUAAUGUUCGCUUCGCAUUUCUACCUGAUCAAAAACUAAAGGAUGAGUGACGGCAAGUAAAUGUUCAUCGAGUGGCUACCGCGAUUUAGAGGUUAGGUCGGCCUCGAACAUUCGGAAGAUUUCGGUUUAGAAAUUUGACGCGGUGGCUGCGUGUAACAAAUGUUUUGCGUUUUCGUGUUUCGCAGAUGAAGUAUACUAAAGACAAAUGUCGCUAUUAAAUAGUAAAAGACGUGAGGAAGUGGAAACGACCAUCAGGUCGUGUUUAGUCGCGAGUCCGGGAGAUGUAACUGUGCAGCAGUUGAACAAAGAUUAUUAUGAAUUUGAGGGCGAACACAUUCCAUUCCGAGAGUUUAGCUGCCAGUCUCUAAUUGAUUUUUUAAAACAACUUCGUAAUGUUUUGUGGUUGGAGAACAGAGGUGGGCUUUUGUAUGUUCACGGGAUUGAUUCGGAAAAAUCGCGACACGUGAGUACGCUGGUCGAAGGACAAAGGCCCAGCAAAAACAGAUUUUCUCACAGAAGAGCGCAGAGACCAUCCUAUGGAUUCGCUGGAGGCAGACCCCAGCGUCAGCUGAGAGCAUUAUCUCAUGAAGUUGUAAUCUGCGGUAAUAAUUUGUAUCCAGCGAAACGAACAGGAGCAACAUCUCAACGUCCCAGUGCUACUACCUACAUUCCACCUCCACGACUGCGCGCUUCCAGUCAAUCAUCUUCGAAUGAUAGCUAUUCACGUCCGAAUCCGCCGGCUGAAGUAAUGACAGAAACGGCACCUUCUGCCCAGAUGCUCAUAAGAUUCACUGGCGAAGACGAUGAUGCCGAUGAUGCGGACGACAUACCACCCAAAUAUCCCUCACCAACAUCGGAACCACCUAGACGGAAUGGUUAUAGAGACCAGGAGACUUCCAGACAAAAUUGCGAGAGCCACAAUUCAUACAAGGAGACAAAGCAGGAUUAUUACGGAAAGCAAGAUCCAUAUAGAGUUCAGGAUUCUUACCGAGAUCAGAAUUCACACAGAAGCCAAGAUUCUUAUAGAGAAGAGGGCUCUCACGGAAAACAAGACUCUUACCGAGAAACUUCAAACUAUGCUCGAGAUUCUAGAAAUAUGGGGAAUUCUUUGAGAGAUAAAUAUGACGACACCAAUCAUUCGCAAGACAAAAAUCAUUACGAAGAAUCGCGAAGAUUGGCGGAGGCCGUUUACAAUAGAGAAGACUGUGGCGAGGAUAACGAUAUUGUGAAUGAUGAUAACAUUUUGGACCAAGAUUACAUCGAAGAUAGAAGUGCCUUGAUCAAUCAGAGGAUCCGAGCUCGACUAGCGAACCUCAUUCAGAAUCAUCCUGACGGAAUUUGGUGUGCUGACCUCCCUCAGAAGUAUUUGGAGGAAUUUCGUAUUCCGCUGAAUUACCUGGAAUUGGGAUUCAACAGCGUCUGUGAAUUCGCGUCUCAACUGCCGUCGAUUUUUCAUUGCGUAAGGCCUACGAAUGCAGGAGACUACAAGGUGUUCAAUGCGAAACUUCCUGUACCAAAUUUGCGGAAUGAGGAACCACAAACAAGAGAAACUUUGGCUUCCAAGUAUAGUCUUUAUGACGAUGGUGAGGAUGACCCAGAAGUUUUUCCAGGAAGAUUGGAUCCGAGUACAACUAAGAAGUUGUACCCUGAAGGAGUGAUGGAACUUAAAGAAACCGUGGGUCACAUUAGCGUCACUGUGCUUGGAAAGGAACAUGAUUUUGAAGAAGUUGAGGUUUCCGAAGUUUUUACGCCCUCGUUCUUCUGGAUCCAGCUGCGAAGAAAGUUGCCAAAAUUCAGAAAAUUGAUGUACGAAUUGGAAGCCUACUAUGAAAACAACAAAUCGAAGUACCAGAUUCCUUUAAUUAUGCUCGAGAAAGGAUUAAAUGUCGCCUGUGUCUAUGCCCAAAAGUGGCAUCGAGGGUUAAUCAAAACAGUAUUACCAGAUGGACGUUCGACCGUACACUUUUACGACUACGGAACUGUAAAGUCCUACCUCCCUGAUGAAUUAUACUUUCUCCACCGGCGGUUUUCUUAUUUACCAGCGCAAGCGAUUCCAUGCGGCUUAUUCAACGUGAGGCCCUACGAAACUGAUAAAUGGUCCAAGACCAUCACAUGGGAAUUUGUUAAGAGGACCUCGGUCCCGCUAAUUGCCACCAUCGGUGCCAGAAAUGAAGAGGAAAAUUCGUUGCUUGUUUCUCUGACGGACACUCGAGGAGACGAAGACUUCCACAUCAACGAUUGGAUGUAUCUAAAAAAAUACGCUCAACAAGGACGCAUGGUGCGUAUAAUGAAUCGGAAUUUUGCAUUUUCUCAUUAUCGGGAAUGUUUAGAGCGAAAGGGUUAUGAUCCGAACGCUAUUCAUGAAUUCUAUGAUGAUUACGACGAUUCGGAUUUGAGCGAUUCUAAUGAUUAUAAUAACGCGAACGCAAAAAAUUCCGUUAAUCGACUGUCACGCGAAAAUAAAAACUCGGAAAGCGCGCAUAAAAACCCCUUUUUUCCUGUAUCACGCAAAGAUCAAUCGAUAAACAAAAACAAUAGAUCACUACAAUCGCCGGAUCCUAGUGAAAUUCUAGGACAAAACGACGAGAAUUGUUUGAAAACAAGAUCAAGAAAUGCGCACCAUCAGUCAACGCGUAUAGAAUACAAGUUUUUAAAAUCCGAUAGAUUCGUUGAUGUUAAACAUGCAGAAAGUGGAACUGUCGAAAUUAAAACUGCAGUACCAGAAGUUGUAGAAACUAAACCUCUCGAAAGUCAGCCUGUACCAGGUCGUCUAUUAGCGUUGAAACGAACCCAGACUUUACUCGCCAAAUAUGCCGAGAAAGAUAAUUCAAAUUCCUCGGGGUAUAAAAAAACGUCAGAAAGUCCUAAAACCGCUAGUUCAAAAUCUGUCUCGUCAGCAGGAUCUGAAUCGAAGAUUGAAAGGCUUAGGAGGUUCAUGCUGAAGUCACAGACUUCUACGGAUAAGGUUGAAAAACGUGAUUGUCCAGCCCCUAUAAGAAAAAUUGUUGUAGACUUGAGUGCUCCCCAUUCUCAACCUGAGACAUGCAAUUUAGGUUCUAAAGAUGACGAAAGUCUUCCAAAUCCAAAACCCGACUCGCCUCUUACCACCGAAUCAGACAGCGAUUCAAUUCCAGUUCAUUCUCCGCUCUUGCUGAAAGAAAAUCCCGAAGAAGAGAAGAAGAAGGUGACCUUCUUCGGAAAUAUAACCAGUGAAUGCGGAGGUAGUGGACGAAUGGAACCCAUUAAUUGGACAGCGAUUCGAACAGCUUUGGAAGAAUGCGAGGGUCAAUUUGCGACGAUUAAAAAUAAAUAUACAAGAUGUGCGGAUCUCUCAACAAAAAUCUCAAAAAGAGAUGGUCUUUCCCUGGUUGAUUCUUCCACUGUGUUUAUUGUCGACAACGAUAUUAACUCGGCCCAAUAUGAAAGAGAUGUCAAAUGGUUGCCAGCUGGCAAUGUAAAGCAUUCUCGAACGAGCGUCUCUCCAUUAUUAAAAUUGAAACAGAGAUUGCUGGCGAAUAGUUACAAGAAACAGGCGAGCCUAAUAUCUUCUAAAAUGGUUAGCAUACUGAAAGGGGAAUUGCAGGAUGUCUAUGAAGAUGAAGAACCUGAAAUUUCUCUUAACAUUGACAAACUUUCGGAUCUUGAAAAGCCCUCUGACGUUGAGAAACCUGCUGAAGUUGAAAAUGCCGAAAAAGUUUCAAGGCCAUGUGAAGCUAAAACAAUUGAGGAAGUUGAAAAGCCAUCUGAAAUUGAGAAAACUGCUGAUGUGGAAAAGGCCGAAGAGCCGAAAUCAGCCGACGAAGCUGAAGAGGAGGAAAAAAGACGUGAGGAGCAAGAUCAAAAAAAAGUUCAGUUAUAUAUAGAAGCACAGAAACUCAGAUCUUUUCAGGAUCCCUAUUCUUCCCUGGUUCAUCUUACGGAGAAUGAAGCCAAACCAGAAUUCAAGAACGCUGAGCUUUCUUCUCUGAUGAAAGGAUUUGUUGCGAAGCAAUUAGAGUUCAAUGCUAAAAUGGCUGCACUUGCUGCGGAACUACCGCCAGAGCCGGAAGUGAAAACCAAAAGGAAGAAGAGGAAAUCGAAAAAAAGGAGACGAUCGAAAUCCAGUACUCCGGAUUUAAGUCCCUCUUCUUCUGGUUCAGUACAGGAGUUAGUAGAAUUAGUGGAAAUAGGAGAAUCGAAAUCACUUGAAAACGAAGAGCCUAAAUUGUCGACUUUGGAUGAUGUAUCUUCGAUUUUAAGCAACGAUCUUGCUGAAGAAAGUUGCAAAUUAGAUUCUACGAUUUUAACAAACGGCUCUCUUGAAGAAAAGAAUUUGUCAAAUUUAUUAGAUGAAAAGGAUCAGGUGCCUGAUUUAAUAGAUGUGGAAGAAGAAUUUGUGAAACAAGUUGAUUCUUCUCUUGAUCUGAAUAACGAUUUUAAGAAUGAGAAAGAAUCAAUUCUGAAUGUAGUGGAUUCUCUUUCAGUAAAAGCGCCUAAACCCAUUAUUAUUGAGAGGUUGAUGAACCUUAAGAGUCCUUCCGGCAGCAUUGAGUCUUUGGAUUCUGACGAUUUAUCUAGCUCAGACGAUGAAGAAGGUACAGAUCUAAUAAAGGAAUGUAAAACAAUUUUGAUACCUGGAUGUACGGAGUCGUCCAAACAAGAUAAUGAUCAAAUAUCUGAAGCUAAGACUGAAAAUCCUGUAGCAAAUUUAGAGCUAUCAAAAGAGAAGACUCUAUCUCAGGCAUUGCCAGAAUCGAAGGACUUGAAGGUUGAUAAAGAUCUUGUCUACGAAGAGAUUUUGUUGAAUCCUGAUCCGAAACAGAAUGGAAAGAAUCUCUGUGUUUUCAAUGACGUUGACAUAACAAGUGAUGAUGAUGAGCAAUGGGAUGUUAUGAGUUACUUGUCCGAUCAAUCACAUCUUGCUGAUCCGUGUAACAGAUUGGCGAAAAAUUACAGGAAAACCUACAAUCAAAUGAUUAAAGAUAAUCCAUUGCAAAUUGAAGAAAUUCCAAAUAAUGAAAUAAAUACGAAGGAUAAAUCUAAUGGAAUCGUCCCUCCAAAUUUCAAAUUACCCAAAAGCACCAAAAAUUCACUCAUCUCAACAAGUUCGACCCUCGGUUUGAUGAAAAAUGCAGUGAAUGGCAAUAAACAGGAAUUUAUAAACUUUAAAUACUCCGAAGAUAUGAAAUCGAGAAAAGGAAAAAAUGCAGAGACUGAGAGUUUAACUGCAGAACCAGAAGUCCACUUAAAACCUGAUUCGCCAACUCCCAAAUACGAGGAUUUCCUGCUUGACUCAAAUGAAAAUUCGACGUCAGUUUUUAAAAAUUACGAGCCGCCGGGUAAAUCGAAGUCCUUGAAAAAUAUGCUGCUACAAAUGAAGAAAAAAUAAUUUGCUCGCAUGUGAAGGUUAUCAGUCAGGCCCGAUUUGGAAUCUCUUUUUUUCGACAACUCUGGUAUGGUGAUUGCCUCUAUGAUGUAUUUUAAAUAUUUUCACGAGGAAGUAGAACAAGUUUAACAGCUUUUAUAUUAUAUAGACAAAAGCGACGAAUUUGUUUCGUUUAUUUUUUUUAAUUUUUUUUUUAUUUUUCCAUUGAUAUGUAUGUUAAUUUAAUCCUAAAUUUCCUUCAUUAAUUCGGCAGUACAUAACGUUCCACCUAGAUUUUUUUUAUUUUGUUACAUUUCAAUCUGUUCACUUUUUGGAUUCCAUUCGAAGAUUUUUUUAUCGUCAACAGCCUCUAAGAUAAAAUUCUGAUUUGUGUUUUGUCACGUUUCUCCUUUUUGUGUGUGAAUGAGUUCCCGAAAUAGGAUAACGGAUUGUUCUUCGUCUAAAUAUUUACAAAAUAUAAGUUGGGAUAAACAGAUCGAAUGUAUAAUUUCCUUUUCUUUUUUUUACUUCUAUUUUUAAAUAUUGCUUGCUAUUGUUGGUGGAUUGUGAAAAGGGAAGUUACAAUUUGUAAAUUUGUAAAUUAAUAAUAAAUAUGUGAAAUAUUAUGUAUGACCCUUUUUUACAAUGCUCGAAUCUGAUAUUCAUGAGAGUUAAAUUUAAUAUUCAUGAGUGUUCAUACUAGAAAUAAUUUAACAUGCAUUUGUAAAUAUCAUACAAUUUCCAUGUGUUUAAUCCUUCAAUGCGUAUUACCAUAAAAUAUGAACGCAAACUAAGACGUAAGAAAUUAUUACGAAAGUUUUGCUUUAUUUUUUUAUUUUUUGUGCGUAAGUAAAUGAAAUUAAUGUUAUUUUGAUAUUAUUCAGAGAGAGAAAGAAAACUUUUUUUUUACCAAAGUUAAAACCUAAAAAAUUGAGGAUGCUAGAAAUAUUGCAUUUGAGGGUUAACUUGAUACUUGCUGGCUUUUGAGUGAUUUAUUAUGACAUAUAAUUUUUCCUGAAUGUAAUCAGGACCUGUCAGUUGAUAUUUCUUGAAAUGAGGAAUCUGUGUGAUUUCAGUACUUCAUUAUUUAAGAUAUAUCCACUAUUUCUGUAACUGUUAAACUGUUUAUCACUAAUGCGUUCCAUGAUAUAGAAAUCCCAAAAUAUUCGAUAAAAAAAUGAUGCGCUUUCUUGAUUUCGUUUCAAAUUGGCGAAGAAUUUAUGCUUGUGCAUCAACGAAAAUAGAAAUUAUGCGCGACAAUUUCUACCGUUAUAAGAUCAUUCUUUACUUAAAAAUGCGAUCUUUUUAUUUUGUAUGUAGACAAUUUUCCUAAAUUGCUUAUCUAUAAACUUCUUCAAAGUUUUUGAAGUGCUUUAACUCUUUAAUUUCAAAAUAAAAAGAUCUACUUGAUUGGUUUUUGAAUGAUACUUUUAAAGUAUCAGCAAUUUACCCUCUACGGAUAAGGUUUGUUUUGAUUGCAAAUAUGUAUUGCUUAUAAUAUACAUAUAUAUAUUAGAUAUUUAUAUAUUGAUGUAAGAUUGGGAAAAAUUAAACCUUUAUGUUAUCUUGACGGUACUUCGAAAAAAAUAAAUAAAAACUACUGUUAACAUCAGUGUAUACCUGGUGAGAAUUAUUGUGAAUAUCGUUUCUAUAAUAAAACAGUUUAUUAUAAUUA